GGAGCUGGGCCGCGGGGCGCUGCUGGUGCGGGAGCGUAUGGACCGAGAGGUGCUCUGUGAGUUGAGCCCCACCUGCUUUCUCAGCCUGGAGCUGGUCAUCGAGCAGCCCAUCGAGGUGCACAACGUGGAGGUGGAGGUGCUGGACAUCAAUGACAACGCGCCCCGCUUUCCUCGCCAGGAUUACCGGCUGGAGAUCAGUGAGUCUGCCGUGCCCGGUGCCCGCUUCCACAUCGAGAGUGCUCAGGACCCUGAUGUGGGUACCAACUCUGUGCAGAGCUACCAGCUGAGCCCCAGCCACCACUUUGCCCUGGACCUUAAAGGCUUCCAGAGUGGCAGUAAGCUCCUGGAGCUUGUGCUGCAGCAGCCACUGGACCGGGAGCAGAGUGCCCUGCUGCAGCUAGUGCUCACUGCCGUGGAUGGUGGGGAUCCCCCCAGGUCCGGCACAGCUCAGAUCUCUGUGCGAGUUGUGGAUACCAACGACAACCCACCUGCCUUUGAUCGCUCUACAUAUACCGUGAACCUGCUGGAGAACUCACCCCCUGGCACGCUAGUUGUCAAACUCAAUGCUUCAGACCCCGACGAGGGUUCCAAUGGGGAUGUGAUCUAUUCUUUUGGCAGCUAUACCCCACAGAAGGUGAGGCAGCUCUUCCGUGUGGAUCCACAUUCAGGGGAGGUACGGGUUAAUGGCACCUUGGAUUAUGAAGAAGCAUCCUCUUAUGAGAUCUAUGUGCAAGCCACUGAUCAGGGCCCUGUGUCUAUGGCUGGGCACUGCAAAGUACUGGUCAACAUUGUGGAUGCCAAUGAUAAUGUUCCUGAGGUGGUCCUGACCUCCCUGUACAGCCCAGUGCCAGAGGAUGCAAAGCCAGGAACUGUGGUGGCCUUAAUGAGUGUCACAGACCAGGACUCUGGGCUGAACAAGCAGGUGAGCCUGCGUAUUCCCCCCGGCCUCCCCUUUAUGCUCAACUCUUUCAAGAAUUCCUACACCUUGGUCACCCAAGGGAACCUGGACCGUGAGAAAGCAGCAGCUUACAACAUCACAGUUACGGCUACUGAUUCUGGAAGCCCCCCUCUCUCCUCCCAGAAGGUGAUCCAUGUGGUCAUCUCUGACAUAAAUGACAAUCCUCCGCUCUUUGAGGAACCUGUGUAUUCAGUUUACGUCCCUGAGAACAACCCCCUUGGAGUUUUGCUUUGCACUAUCAAAGCCACUGACCCGGAUGUCGCCGAAAAUGCCUACAUAUCCUAUUCUCUGUUGGAUGGGGAGAUUGAAGGGCUACCUGCUGCCUCCUUUGUCACCAUUAAAUCUGACAGCGGUGACAUGUAUGCUGUCAAAUCCUUUGACUAUGAGACACUAAGGGAAUUCCAUGUGGUUGUCCAGGCUCAGGAUGCUGGGAUCCCAUCACUGAGCAGCACUGUCACUGUCUACAUCUAUGUGGUAGAUGUGAAUGACCAUGCUCCAGAGAUUCUGUAUCCUACCUCAACCAACACUUCAGCAGCCCUGGAGAUGAUCCCACGCUCAGCUCAUGCUGGAUAUUUGGUAACCAAAAUUAUAGCCAUUGAUGGGGACUCAGAAAAUGCCUGGUUGUUCUUCUACAUAGUGCAAACCUCAGAUCCAGAUUUGUUCAGGAUAGAACUCCACACUGGGGAGAUUAGGACUACUCGGAAACUGAGGGAGGAGAGCACACCUACUUUCAACCUGACGGUGGAGGUGAGAGACAAUGGAGAGCCACCGAUGUCUUCAUCAGUAGCCAUCACGGUUGCUGUGGUGGACAGAGUCUCCAAAAUCAUCCCUGAUACAAGAAGGCACAUUAGAAGUCCGAGCAAUUAUUCAGAAAUCACUCUUUAUCUCAUUAUUGCUUUGUGCUCCAUCUCCUUCGUUUUCCUUUUCACAAUCAUUGGGCUAACUGUUAUCAAGUGCUACAGAUACAGUCUGUACGGGGACUCCUGCUGUACGGGUUUCUGUGGGGUCAGAGAACGGUGCCCUGCUGAAUUGUACAAGCAGGCCAACAACAACAUCGAUGCGAGGUUGCCUCAUGGUUUAAAAGUGCAGCCCCAUUUCAUUGAAGUGCGGGGCAAUGGGUCUCUCACUAAGACCUACUGCUAUAAGGCUUGCUUAACUGCAGGAUCGGGAAGUGACACUUUUAUGUUUUACAAUACUUGUGGGCCAACAGGAACGGUUCCCUCUGCAGUGGUGACUGAGAGGCAUCUGACAGGACAGAGUGGGCAGAGUGCACAAAACCUGAUCAUACUUAAAAAUGACUCCAUUACUCCUAAUGAGGUAAAUACUGGGAGUUUCAGGGUCCAUUUGCCAAAACACCCCAAUCCUGACUGGCGCUACUCUGCGUCCCUAAGGGCGGGAAUGCAAAGUGCUGUGCAUCUGGAGGAGGCAGGAAUCUUACGUGGAGGACCAGGAGGGCCUGACCAGCAGUGGCCGACAGUCUCCAGUGCUACUCCAGAACCUGAGGCAGGAGAGGUGUCCCCUCCAGUGGGAGCUGGUGUGAACAGCAACAGCUGGACCUUUAAAUUUGGACCCGGCAAUUCGAAACAAGGUGGUCCUGGUGAGUUGCCAGACAAAUUCAUUAUCCCAGGAUCUCCUGCAAUCAUCUCCAUCCGGCAGGAGCCACCAAACAGCCAAAUUGACAAAAGUGACUUCAUAACCUUUGGCAAGAAGGAAGAGACCAAGAAAAAGAAGAAAAAGAAGAAGGGAAACAAGACUCAGGAGAAAAAAGAAAAGGGCAACAGCACCACUGAGAACAGUGACCAGUGAGGGGUUUAUAAUGAAAGAACCCCCUUAGCCAGUUUUUGUAAUAAUGGCAGAUUUCUCCUAUGUAGCAACUCCCAAUUUCUUCCUCCUGUUAACAAAUUUCCUGUAUGUACAGACUUCAGAAAAUCUGCAGGAAAUUCAUGGUGUCUGUCUAAAUUGCUUAACAGGUUUUGUCUUGAAAAGCUUUAUUAAGUCUGGUGUUAACUCUUUUUCUCCACUCUGGCUUGUUUUCAGAAUCUAAAAAGCAGACACAAGUUUCCUUUCUCCUACGCCGAAAAGGAGAAUCUUCACAGUACAGCCAGUGAGAGGUUGGACUCUCUGCACUGUGGUUCCUGUGCUCCUGUCUUGAUGACACUUACAGGACAGGUUUAAAAGUUUUAAUAUUGUGCACCCUCUAUCUGAUUGGAAAUCCUUGUGUGCAGAUGUCAGCUAGGUGAUAAGAAAUCAGGUUAUAAGAUGCAAGAAGAGCUGGUAAAUACGCAACAGAGGAAACACCUAACGAACAUACAUGUUCAGAGAUGUUCAGGCUGGGGAGGAAAUGUCUGAAAGGUGACCAGACUUUUCAGACUUUGAGAAGUCACUGUGUGGGAAUACUGAAUCUUAUACAUGACGUAUUGUACACACUCCUACAAAGAAAACCUCACAUUUACAGCUCUUUAAGAUACCGUAAAUGUUAUCUUUGUACCAAGCAAGCCAUUGGGAACUUGGCCCUGGGAGCCCUGCAUUACCCCAGCAAGGCCCUAAUGCUGUAGGGAGGGCUGGGCUGACAUCCCGGUAUGUGACUGACUGUGAUGCUCUGUGUCCCUGUUGCCACUCUUUGAUUAUUUUGCACAUUUUGUCUCUGAAAAGGUCAGAGUUUUUCCACGACACUUAUGCAAAAGAGAGAAAAAAGAAAUGUUAACUAUGCUAUUUGUUAUCUGAGAUAUUUAUUUAUAAAGAAAUAUAGCUGUAAAUGUUAUAGAAAUAUGAUGCCCUUUAACCCAAACAGAAGUCAAUCUAGAGCCAUUAUUAAUUAAAAUUGCUGCUACUAAAGUGCUUUAGAAAAAUUGCCUGAGACAUCUGUAUUAUAUCGGCCACUUGCCAAUAACAGCUUUAUUCUGUCGGGUCACUUGGGGGCUGCCUCUUGCAUGUUAUUAAUGAAUACAAGAAUUUAAUUUUUUUGCAUUAAUCUGCACUUUGAAUACACCUUUGCAAACAAACUGUCCUAAUAUGAAGAAGCAGAAGCAAACUCCUCACGCAAAUGGAUUUAACCUGCUAGUUCUGUGCAGUACCUUGGUGUUACCUCCUACACACCCCUUUUCUGACUUUAAUUUUACUUUUUCUAUGAGAUUAUGAAUUUCUGACCCUAUUAACACUUAUUAUGUAAAAUUCAAGUACUGUAUGUAUGCUGUAUGCUCUUAUAAGAAUCCUGAAAUAUUUAUUCUGUGCUUGUGUAUGUGAAUGUCAAUGCAACUAUUAUUAGAGUGGACUUUAAGCUUUACCGUUGAAUGUAAAUUCAUGAUUUCUUUUUUUGUACACUUGUGAAAAAGUGGAGUAGUGUUAAUUUUUUAAGCCACUGUUGAUUUAUCAGUUGUUCUUUUUUUGUGUAUGAAACACAAGUAAAAUAUCUUUCUUAAAUCAAGCCAUGCAUGCAUUCUGAGAUUCAUUGAAGCUAAAGCUCUGUGAAUUACUAAACCUAUAAUUGGAGUGCUAAAUGUGAUUGAAGAUGCUGGUAUAAAACCAAUACAUGUAUUUUUAAAAAGAACAGAGCUGAUGAGGGAAUUCCAAGGAGUUUUCUAGAUUACUGUACUUUCACAGAAUAAAGCUCAAGUAUUGUACUAAUUGGAACUGUGUAAGAAACUACAUAGCUCUCACAUUUCUGGCAGACGCUCUAAUCUAGGAUCAAAGAGAACAACUGGGUUUCUUGAGACGUGUCCUGGAUGGUUGACGUUUCCAAACUGCUGACAGUUCAGAGCAGGUCAAUUAGUAUUCAUUUGAGAAACUUGAGAUGCAAGUCUUAAAUCAUCACAGAAGAUAAAGCUCUAAUAAAAGAAUGAAUCUCUGAAAGUGCAAACCACCGAGAGCCUCAUGUGGUCUACUCAGUUUUCCUUUGCUACCAGUCUUGUUUUACUGGCAAUAAAAGCAAUGCCACUUGAUUUAAUUUCAAAGUCUAGCCUAGAGGAACAAGCUUAUGGUUUGGGGAGGGAAUUGUUCUUUUCUUUGGCCUUGCAAGUGUGCUAUUCUUACGCAUCUAGACAAACUAUGGCUUGGAGGUCACAAUCAGGGUAAUGCAUUCAGCUGGGAGUUAGGGGUUACUGUUUGAAUAUCACACAAGAGAGGAUCAGAGGUGGCCAAGAUCAACAAGAAUCAAGAAAUUAGAAUUUGUUUUAUCCUCCUACUGACAAUAAAGUCAGGACACCAAAACUCAUUAGCGAAGAACAUGCAAUUUGGGGAUAUUAUUUUUACCACUUGAUCAAUUUACUCCUCUCAGAAUUCAUGUAUUGCCUGUGAGCAUAUUGUCAUUGAGAAAUUUGUUUGUAUGAAUACUAGAUUGGUGGACAACACCACGGGGCUUUUAAAAUAAUUAAAGCUGAGUUAUGUUGCUUCUUAAUUACAUCCCAUUGUUGAGA